AUGCAUCCCUCCGGCACGGGGGACUACGCCCCCUGCUACCCUCCUUACCCCUCCCCGGCCGCGCCGCCUCCCGCCGCCUACCCGCCGGUGUCCACCCCGGCUUCCGCGCCUCCUCCCGCCGCCUACCCGUCGGUGUCCGCCCCGGCUUCCGCGCCCCCGUACUCGUCUUACCCCGCGGACUUCGCCCCCGCGCCGUCGUACCCCGCGUACCCGCCCGCCGACCUCUCCCACUACGCGCCGCCGGCCACCGCGCCCGCACCGGCGCCGCCGCAGCCGUACUACCCCUACGAGCCGGCGCCGCCGCUCCCGCACAACCCAGUGCCCUCGCCGUACCCGUCGCUGGAUCGGACGGGGAGCUACGGCUACGGAUCCGGCCCUGGCUCCGGGUACGGCCAGGAGCUGUACCCGCCCAAGCCGGCGGGCGCGGGCGUGGGCGUGGGCGUGGGCGGGGGCGGUUGGUCCGACGACGGGGCGUACGCGUACGACGGCGGCGACGCGCCGGAGCCGUACGGGGCCAGGGGCACCGCACCGAGGUCGGGCUCGGGAUCCGCACUGUUUGAUGACUACGGGAGGUCCAUUGGCUCAGCUGCCGAUAGAGGUGGCCGCGGGGGUAGUGCGGCCAGCCCCAAGGUGGUGAGGGCUGUGCCCAAGGCAGAGACGUCAGAGGACGUCAGGGGUGGGGUGCAGAAGUUCAGGGUCAAGCUGCUGCCGGAGGGGGCUGGGAGCCCCAUGGAUGUGCUCUGCCAGGUUGGUUUGGAUGGAAUUCGGAUGCUUGAUCCCAACACUGGUAGGACACUAAGAAUAUAUCCCCUUGAAACUGUAACUAGAUGGGAUGUAUUAGAUCCCUCUAUCUUUGCCUUUUGGUCCAAGAGUUCAGUGGAUGUUGAAGCAAAAAGAAUAAGGCUGAAAUCAAACAGCUAUACAUCCAACACCAUUCUUGACACAGUCACAGCUGCGACUGUGCAGUUCAAGGAGAUGGGUGGAAGCAGCAUGUCAAGAAGUAGAGCAAUUGCUGAUGCAGCCAAGCCUGCUGAGCAGCAAAAUGAGAGGAAGAAAAAUUUCCUUGAUUGGAGGAAUUUAAUGAAGCCUAUGAAUGAGGAAAAAGAUCACUGGGUCCCAGAUGAAGCUGUCAUCAAGUGCACAGCAUGCGCAGCAGAUUUCAGUGCUUUCAACCGCAGGCAUCACUGUCGAAACUGUGGUGAUAUUUUCUGCGAUAAGUGCACCCAGGGAAGAACUCCUCUGAAUGCAGAUGCUGAUGCUCAACCAGUUCGAGUUUGUGACAGAUGCAUGGCUGAAGUAACGCAAAGACUUAACAAUGCAAGGGAAGUGGCGAAUCCACCUAUUGUUCACAGCCAUGAGGAUCUUGCCAAAAAGCUUCAGGAAGCCAUGGAUAUAAAUAAAAGGUCAUCUUCAGGGACAAGGUCUUUGGAUGUUUCUGGCAAGCGAAUGCGGGAGGUCGCGUGCCCAAUCUGCACGGUCCAUCUUCAGGUUGAAGUUCCAACUUCUGGUUCGGAGACGAUAGAAUGCGGCGUAUGUCAGCACCCUUUCCUUGUCAGCGCCCGUUGA